AAUCAGUUUCGCUACGGGUUCUGCACGAAGCGGACGCGUUUUGUCACAGUUACUCUAAAAAAAACGUGAGUGAAGAUCUCGGCUAACUGAAAGUCGUACUUAAGUGAAGCGCGCUCGUCGCCAUGUGAUCGAUUUUUCACCAGAUCCUUAUAAAAUGGUUUCACCAGAUUGGCUUUGCUUAAACACAGUACAUAUUAAGUGAGUGCCCAAGGAAAAGUAAAAAGUAAACAAAGUCAAAAAUCUGAUAAUUGCCACGAGCCAAAAACUGCGAUAGCAAAACCGUGUGAAAGACUCCCGAACAAAAGUAAAAACACAAACAAACCCCGCGGCGUGCGAAAAAUUAGAGUGGCGGAGCGGUGGUAAAAACUGAGCCAGUCGAUCCGAGAGGAUGCACUUUGGCCAGGAGGCGAGGCCAUUAUUGGGGCUCCUGGCUGUGGCUGAGUCGACCGCAACGGCAAGUUGAUGUUGCCCCCGUCCUGGCAUCUAAUUGGGGCCCUCCUCGUGCUCGCGGCAACAGCGGGGGACUCCACCAACAAGAUCAUCUUGCCGCAGAUUCUCAACGGCGGCGGCAUCGGGGGCAUCGGAAUCGCCUCGGGUAAACAUCCGUCCGGCUCCAAGACAGUGGCGGUUGGAGCGGUUCCAAGUCUCGUCGGAGGAGCAGGAGGAGCCGGAGGCGGAGGAGGAGCUGUGGCUGGCAGCGGCGGAACCGGCAGCACGGUGGUCGGGAGCAAUGGCGUGAUUGUGGCCGGAGGCGGGGCCAAUGUGCCGACCUCGAAUUUAAACAUUGUCGUCGAAGAACCCGAAUUUACUGAAUACAUCGAAAAUGUAACUGUACCUGCUGGACGUAAUGUUAAACUUGGUUGCUCCGUUAAAAAUCUGGGCUCAUAUAAGGUUGCCUGGAUGCACUUUGAGCAGUCCGCCAUCCUGACCGUUCACAAUCACGUGAUCACGCGCAAUCCGCGCAUCAGUGUCACGCACGACAAGCACGACCGGCAUCGCACGUGGUAUUUGCAUAUAAACAACGUGCACGAGGAGGACAGGGGUCGGUAUAUGUGCCAGAUCAAUACGGUGACGGCCAAAACGCAGUUUGGCUACCUGAACGUUGUGGUUCCGCCCAACAUUGAUGACUCGUUGAGCUCCAGCGAUGUGAUUGUGCGGGAGGGCGCCAACAUUUCACUGAGGUGUCGGGCGAGCGGCAGUCCCAGACCCAUUAUCAAAUGGAAACGCGACGAUAACUCCCGCAUAGCCAUCAAUAAGAAUCACAUAGUAAACGAAUGGGAGGGCGACACCCUCGAGAUCACUCGCAUUUCCCGCCUGGACAUGGGUGCCUAUCUGUGCAUCGCCUCCAAUGGGGUCCCCCCCACGGUUUCCAAGCGCAUCAAAGUCAGCGUGGACUUUCCACCAAUGCUGCUUAUCCCCCAUCAAUUGGUUGGUGCUCCAGAAUAUUCCAACGUUACCAUCGAAUGCUUCACUGAGGCACAUCCCACAUCUCUGAACUAUUGGACACGUGGCGAGGGACCAAUCAUUCACGAUUCGCACAAGUACAAAGUUGAAGCUACAAUCGGAUUGCCAGCUUAUAAAACCCAUAUGAAGUUGACCAUCAUAAAUGUUAGCAGUGGCGAUGAUGGCAUUUACAAAUGUGUGGCCAAAAAUCCCAGAGGCGAAACGGACGGCAUUAUACGCUUGUAUGUGUCCUAUCCUCAAACUACUGCCUCAUCGGGUCUAUACUCCACCGAUUCACAUUGGGGAGAGAACGGGAACAACAACAAUUAUGCUUAUGGUGGCUCCGAUUCCACACGAUCCAUUUAUGCGCAGGAUAAAAAUACGCGGUAUCAAUCGAAUUUGAACGAAAUCGGUUUAUCUGAACAAAAAUCCUUCCUAGAUAAGACGCAGAAUCCGCUGUUGGCCAAUGGCAAUGCCAACGAGGCGGAUGCGGAAUCUAACGGAGGCCACAAAUCUUCGAUGGCGAUUGCGUGGCUGUUCGUCGUCAUCUCGACACUAUUGUUAACAAUCCGAUCUGCGGUUGGUUCUAGCCUUAGCGUAAGUCUAUGUUAGUUAAUGCGAAUCUAGCUUAGUAUGGGAUAAGCUGUAAGGCUUCACGUAAAAUUAGCGAAUAAAAUAUAUACAAAAACAUAUAUGUGUAAUCGACUAGUCCUUAGUGAAACAGACCCUAAUUACGAUCCGCCCUUCCCCCAUAUAUAUUCCAAAAUAUGUAUAUGUGAGACACCAGGCCCUCUGAGCUUGGACAGCAUAUGUAUAGCCAUCAAUCACAAAACCCUUCGUCGGGAGUCUAUAUACACUCAUAUUCGCAUCUAUGUCUAGGAGUUGAGACAAGCCAACCAAAGGGUAAAUGCAAUUUCAUUUUGCUUUCAGUGCUGUGCUUUCAACUGAGAACGUUUCAUAGUUAUCAACUUAACAAACCACGGUCUAUAUAAAUAUGCAUAUACAUCUAUACAUUCGUGCGUUAAACGCUGCUGACUCACACUUGCAUAUAAGGUUACACUUAAUUAUAUAAUUAUGCAUAUGCCUUAAGGAUUGCAAGCUGAAAUGCAAAAUAAACUUAACAUAAGACACCACACAUAUCGAUCAUCGAAAUUGUUCAAGUAAUCCAAAAAUACCAAAGCACAUAUAUUUUUUAUUUUUGAGUUCAGGGAAACAUGCGGCGUUUUGAUUUAUUUCGAGUUUGAGUGGAUAAAAGCUUUGAAAACGAAAAAUGCAAUAAUUUUAAAUAAAGAAAAGGAAAGAAUAAAAACUAUAUUGAAGCCUACUAAUUAUUAAAUAUUUCCUACAAUAAAUAUUGAUAACUAAACUGCCAAAAAACCAGGUCAUGCUCUGUUUAACAUUCGUUUAUAUAAUUUCAGCUAUCGUAUAGCAGUUUAAUUAAGUUCAUUAAAUGUUUUUACCACAGCUCAAACAAUAAAAUUUAUAUCGUUCAUCAUAAGCCAAAAAAUUAAUUACGAUGUAACUAAUGGAUUAAUAUUAAUGUAAGAUAAAACGAAAUGUUAAACAUUUAAGCUAAAAUAAUACAAAAUAAAAUUGUGUUGCUUUAAAUACAAAUUAAAAUAUAAAACGAGAAGCAUGUUGAAUGAUGAGAAAUAUAUUUGAAUUAAAUGCAGAGCUAUGGACACAAUUGAAAAGAUAUAUACAUAUGUAACAUUAUAUACAAUUAUAGACCUACGUAUAUACAAAGAAACACACGCAUACACGAACAACACUUAUGUAACAUGUAUUUAAGCAUAUAAAAUGAGUUGUAACUGAGGCAUUAAAUUAAAUAAAAAUCCCAAAAAGACAAAAAAACAACUGAAAUGGUAUUCAGGGGAGAGUUACGCAAAGUGAUGAAAGUGAGAAAAUUGAAAUAAAAAUGAAAUGCGUCAGCAAGAAGCCAGAAUGAUGUGUUAAAUGCUUAAUUAGUAACCAAAUUAAACAACGCCGCUCGCAAGCAACGUCAAACAUUAAUAUUAACAAAAAAUAAACAA